CUCCAUACAUUCUUCAUCCGUUGGCUAGCUUCCUCCUCCUCCAAUUUCUUCCCUACCAAACAGUGUGUAAGAGACAUAUUUCAAGAGAAAGCAGUGAAAGGUCCGAAAUGGGCAACUCUCCGCGUCCCACAGUAUUGCCUUCAAUGGCAGCUCUGCAGCUCUUUUGUUUUUUCAUUUUCUCUUUAGUGCCGGACUUUGCAGCGGCCAUAACAAGGCAGUACACUUUCAAUAUCACAUACAAGAAUUUUACGAGAUUAUGCCACACAAGGAGCCUAGUGACAGUAAAUGGAAAGUUCCCAGGUCCUCGCCUGGUAGCAAGGGAAGGUGAUCAAGUUCUAGUUAAGGUGGUCAAUCAUGUUGCUGAAAAUAUCACCAUUCACUGGCAUGGUGUAAGGCAGCUAACAAGCGGUUGGGCAGAUGGUCCAGCUUACAUAACACAAUGUCCCAUACAAACUGGCCAGGCAUAUACGUACAAUUUCACCAUCACUGGGCAGAGAGGAACACUCUUGUGGCAUGCUCACAUUUCAUGGCUAAGAUCAUCACUCUAUGGACCCAUUAUUAUUCUACCAAAGCUCAAUGAGUCCUACCCAUUUAAGAAACCCUACAAGGAAAUCCCCAUUCUUUUUGGAGAAUGGUUUAAUGUAGAUCCAGAAGCUGUAAUUGCCCAGGCUCUUCAAACCGGGGCAGGUCCAAAUGUUUCAGAUGCGUACACCAUCAAUGGCCUUCCAGGGCCUUUAUACAAUUGUUCUGCUAAAGAUACAUACAAACUGAAGGUAAAGCCGGGAAAAACCUACCUUCUCCGACUAAUCAACGCUGCACUCAACGAUGAGCUCUUUUUCAGCAUUGCGAACCACACUCUCACCGUCGUUGAAGCUGAUGCUGUUUAUGUCAAACCUUUUGAAGCUGACACGCUCCUCAUCACUCCAGGCCAAACUACAAAUGUUCUACUCAAAACCAAGCCACAUCUCCCUAAUGCAACCUUUUACAUGUUUGCCGGGCCUUAUUUCUCAGGCAUGGGGAGCUUUGACAACUCUACCACCGCUGGUUUCCUGGUUUAUAAACAUCCAUCUGGUAAUAAUCACUUGAAAAAGCUUCCUUCACUCAAGCCAACUCUGCCACCAACCAAUGCUACUGGAUUCGUUGCGAAUUUCACCAAGAAAUUCCGUAGCUUAGCCAACGCUAAAUUUCCAGCUAAUGUGCCACAAACAGUGGACAGGAAAUUCUUCUUCACUGUGGGACUUGGGACUCACCCGUGCCCUAAAAAUACAACCUGUCAGGGACCAAACAAUAAUACCAAAUUUGCUGCUUCGAUUAACAAUGUGUCAUUUGUAUUACCCUCUGUGGCUCUUCUCCAAUCCUACUUCUUUGGACAGUCAAAUGGUGUCUUCACCUCCGAUUUUCCUCAGAACCCAACAAUACCAUUCAAUUAUACGGGUACGCCACCAAAUAAUACUAUGGUUAGCAAUGGUACAAAAACAGUGGUGUUAGCAUUCAACACGAGCGUGGAGUUGGUAAUGCAGGGCACAAGCAUACUCGGUGCCGAAAGUCACCCACUCCAUCUGCAUGGCUAUAAUUUCUUUGUGGUUGGACAAGGUUUUGGCAACUAUGAUCCCAACAAAGAUCCUUCCAAUUUUAAUCUGGUCGACCCUGUGGAAAGGAACACGGCAGGAGUUCCAGCUGGUGGCUGGGUCGCUAUUCGCUUCCUAGCGGACAAUCCAGGGCUGUGGUUCAUGCACUGCCAUCUUGAUGUGCACACUAGCUGGGGGCUACGAAUGGCAUGGAUAGUCUUGGAUGGACCCCAACCGAAUCAAAAAAUACCACCACCACCGUCUGACCUUCCGAAGUGCUGAUUGUGGCUGAUCACUGGUCGGCAUACCAUCAUUUGUGAAUUCUUGUUUUUAAUGCCUUAAUAAUUAUGAGAUUUUUUUGAGCGUAAGGGAGAAGGCGAGGCUGGUAAAAUUGAGAAAACGAAAAGAAAGUAAGGGGUUGAUUUUGCCUUGUUUGUUUGUGACUUGUUGCUAGUGGGUUUGGUCGAGAGUCAAAUUAAAACUGAGAUUCGAAAGAGCAGCUCAGUUGGAUACAUCGGAUGGAUUAAUCACGCUUAUCAAUAAUAUUUAUUCGAUAUUUGGCUCA